CAACUUUUGAUUUAUUAUUUAAUUACAGUCACUGACGCUGCGCAGUCAACAAGCCAUAGAGAGUGUGCUCACCGCAGAUUGAUUUGUGGCGCUUCUGCACCUGAGUUGUGUUUACGGCGGAAGAAACUGUACACGGAAAAGAAACCAAGUGAAAGCAGUAUUAAAUUUUGCGAAUGUGCAAUGGAAAUGAAAACUAUAGAAUUGUCUACUACAACUUUACUGCCAGUAGAUGUUGUUAUUUCUGAGCCCGCUAAGCAAACGACAAUUCCAGCAGAUAAAGUUUCGUCUCCAGUAUCUUCAAUACCGAUUCAUUCUUGCCAAUUAUUACGCAAUUUUCCUCUACAUCCAACUCUCAUAGCAAUGCUUUGUUUGAUCUUCCUGCUUUCAUCCUUGAGCUUUAUAGAAGCCACGCUCUUAACGCGGAGCAAUAUUUGUGGGCAAUAUGUCGGUGCGGAUGAGCAACAUUCACUGAAACCACCACGCCGUGCGGAUAAGGCAAGGGUACUAUGCGAAUUGCGUGGAAAUAUAACCUUAAAGAGAAUUAGCUUGCAUCCGUAUAUGGGUCCUAAAAAUUUUUCAAACAUAUGGGCCAAACAUGGAAAAUCGUACGCGUUCCUCAAAGUAGCUAAGGGCAAAAAGAUUUCUUUACGAACAUGGCAUAGAGAUUUGCAAGUUUAUCUUAUCGCUGCUGAUCAUUUGCAUGGACGCGCUAUGAGUCACAAAACACUACAACAAAAUACAUGGAGUAGUUCAAAAGAGCAUAUAGACAAAGUAAGCAUUGGUAUCAAGCGACUAGAACUACUCAUCAUUACAAUACGAAGUUUACUUUGCGAUCUUGAGAUGACAGCCAGUUUCCUGUCGCAACGACAUCUGGUACUAACGGUGAAUGCCACAGAGAUCCGUAAGAAUAUGCACUUGAGAACGGAUAUACGCUCAAGCGAAGAAAGUAUCGAUCCUGUAGAUAUAAAUAUGUUGUAUAAAAGAUUAUGGCGAUCUCUGAAGAAUAUGAGUAGAAUACUAAAUAAAAACACGCGUUGUGGAAAGCAAAGGAAUGGAGGGAGUAAUAUUAAAGGAGGUGUGCAGCAGUCCCAGAAACAUAAUUUAACAUUACAUCAACAUUUAAUUCCGCAUAAUGGAUUAAGUGGCAAUAAAAAUACGAGCAGAAGACACAGGAAAAAUAGAUUACACAAUGAGCGGAGAAAGUUAAAUAUAUAAAAUUAUAAAUGUGCUGUCAUCCACAGCAAUUUUUUGGGAAAAAAAUAUUCGAAAUGCUUAAUUUAAAAUAAAACAGCUCAGGAAUAAUUUAAGUCAAAAUUAGUUAGGAUCGAAAAUAAUGAAAAAUAAUUUCUUAGUCACGUAUAUUUGGUACAUUUUUAGCAACU